AAUUCGAGGAUCGAUAUAGCAUUCAGCUCGAUUGUCAGUUAUAAAAAUAUAGAACUGUCAGUUUUUUUUGUGAUAUAUAUAAAUUUUAAAUUACAAUUAAUAUAUAAUAGGAAAAAUUAAAAAAAAGAAAUGGAGGCGGGACCGAAAACUGAUGAAGCAAAUGCCCAAUUACCAAAAAAUCAAAAAUCAAAUUCUGGAGUGAUGACAGCUGAUUAUGAUCAUGAUCGACCGCAAGAAAUGACAGCGUCGUAUUCGGAAAUUUCAUUUGAUUCCCAACAAUCAUCUCCACCUGUUUCGGAGCUGCGAUCGCUGGUUGUCGGUGAUGAUGAUGAUGAUGACAUUGACCCUGAUGAUAUUGCCGCAUUGUCAGAUAAUUUUAAUGAUGAGCUAAAACCUGAUGAUUGUGAUUCUGCUACACCUCCAGCGCAUGAUAGACCAGCUAAAUUAAAAUUAAAAGAAUCAACAAAACCAUUUACUCAAGCGGAUUAUCGUAAAGCUAUGGGUUAUUUAAGACUCGAAGCUGGUACUGUGAUGCAAGAUGGUGACAUGGUAUUAUUCGUUGCUGAAGAUUUGGAAAACAAAAUAAAAUUAUCUAGUCCGAUAACAUCAACGACGAGCAGUAAAAAAAAUGGAGAGCUUUCAUUUUCAGGUUCAUCGCGUAGUUCUACGCCGUGUCUUUAUAGGCAAGCAUUAAAUCCCCAAUUGCCUCUACCAGCAGACCACAACGUCUUGAAUGAAUUAGAAAUGGAAGCCAGAAAAAUAGCUACUUCAGUUGAUUCAUUGACUGAAAAUUUAGCUGCUAUUUUACACAGCGCUUCUGCAGUUACUGUUGAUUGUUUAGAAACAUACAGAGAUGCGGUUUGCAAAACUUGCGAUGGCGUAGAUCAUAAUAUCAAGUCAAUGUACCAGCUGAUGGCCAAAAGUGAAGAAUUAUCAAAGUCAAUGGGUUCUAUUUACAAACUAGCUGAUCAAAUAAAAACAAUAAAACGAUUGUUGGAAUUGUUUGAAAGCGCUAUUAAUUUUUAAUUUUUACUAUAAAUUUAUUGUACAUUAGUACAAUUUGAAUAUAUGUAUAAAUAUAAAUUAUAAAUAAAUUAUUUGUUGAUCUAA